CAUAUCUAGAUAGUGUAUAUACGCGCAUGUAGCGAACUAAGUGGAUUCAAUCGGUUCUCUCUGUCGUGACUGCAACGUUUAUCUGUGAUUUAAGGUUAUGUUCCCUAUAAAAAGAAAGAAGAAAAAUGUCUUGAAACGGUGUUAACGCUUUGUGACUUUACAAAUUUAUUACCUAAUUUUCUAUGGACUUUUAUUUAAAAAGAAAAUCUCUCUUCGGAUGUGAAACUCACGUCAAGCAUUUAUGUCAAGAAACAGACGAUUACAACGAAUACUUCAUCUCAGCAUCAAAACUUGAAUAAUUGUGUUGCUAAUAUAUGGAAUGAAUGAUUUCUCUGGUAAUUGAUGUAUUAUUUUAAUAAACAUCGUAUUUAAUAAGACCUCUUUAGAGGUUAUACGUUCGAACAUAAAGUGAUUUGUUACACAUAUUUAUAUCGAAUAUAAAGGAAAAAUAAUUUGAUUCAUAUCACAGACACUGUGUGUACGUAUUAUCGGUGAAAUAGUUUUUACAAAAACAAAACGGCGGCAGAAAAGGAAAAAAUUCAUCAACAAGGUCAUUUGGUCUACUUAGACCCACUGUUGAUGAAUGACAGAAGACAGAACAUGUUGAGCCAAAGAUUAAGUAACAGAAGGUUAUUAGUUGACCUGCUUGCACUGAUGUUUGGUCUUGGUGCAUGGGUUGGUAUAAAUGGUAUAUAUGUUCAGCUACCACUUCUUGUAAACAAUGCUCCAGAAGGAUGGAGCCUUCCAGCACAUAUGGUUAUGCUAGUACAAUUUGCCAACUUGGGACCAAUACUAUAUACAUUGUAUAUAAAAUAUAGUAAAUGGGCAUGUGAUAAGUACAUUACAUAUGUCCUUUUAGCAGCAGGAGCACUGUCCACUAUUAUAUUAGCUUUCGUAUAUGAUAAAACUACCAUAAUAUUUAGCAAUGAGCAUUCCACUGCUCUAUUGUUAUUGAUGUUUGUAACUGCAAUUGUCGGAUGUACGAGUUCAGUUCUUUUCAUGCCAUACAUGAGGAACUAUAGAGAAAUUUAUUUAGUGUCCUAUCUUGUAGGAGAAGGACUUAGCGGAUUUGUGCCAAGUUUGGUGGCAUUAAUCCAAGGUGUUGGUGGAAAUCCAGAAUGCUUGAAUAAUACUGCAGCAGACUCUACUCACGUAGAACUCACACCAUACUAUCCAGAACCCAGAUUUUCAAGUCAGACUUUUUUUAUCUUUAUCGGUACUUUGUUAUUCUUGUGUUACUUAGCAUUCUUAGGGUUGAACAAUUUGUCCAUUGCCAUUGGAGAACGUGUGAAACAUCCAACAAACAUGGAAACGUUACCAACAGAUACAAGAGCACCUCCUAGUUAUAAGACCAAUGCUAGUUGGACAAUGUCUAAGCAAAUGUAUUUAUAUUUAUUGAUUAUGAUGGCAUUGGUUUGCUUCCUAGGUAAUGGUACAUUACCAAGUAUUCAAUCUUAUUCUUGUUUACCAUAUGGAAAUGUUGCGUAUCAUUUAACUGUUACAUUGUCAUCUAUGGCUGGUCCAUUGGCAAUGUGUCUAGGUUUUAUUAUAAAAAUGCCAAAAGUGAAUUUCCUCACUGGUCUCACCGUUAUUGUUAUAGUACUUUCUAGUUUUGUUUGCUUUCUAGCUCUUGAAUCUCCUACACCACCUUUUCAAUUCAGUUGGGUUGGUGAAUUUCUAGUAGUUCUAUCUUGGAUAUUAAUUAGUGGUUUAAUAGGAUUUAUAAAAUUGGGUAUCACAACAUUGUUUAGACCUGAUCCCGGUAGGGGUCUAUAUUAUACUGGUGUUGCAACUCAAAUUGGAUCAUUGAUAGGAGCAAUAAUAACAUUUGUUUUAGUUAAUCAUGCAAAAUUAUUCCAUUCUUAUUCGCCUUGUUCAAUGACUCAAGUGCAUUGACGUUUAAUACAAACAAUUCUCUUAGUGAAAAUUAUCUAAAAUUAUUAAUUGGAAGAACGAAAUAUAUUUUUUAGCUCUGUUGUCUAUCAUAAUUAUAUGUGGUCUAAUCAUACAAGGUCUAAUCGUUUUUAAAUACCAUAAAUUUAGGGGUUGGGUCUACACAAGUAGGAAUCAUGUUAGAUUUUAUAAUUUCAAUAUUAGCCAGAUCAAUUGCAAUUUCAAAGUUGAAUUUUGUAUAUUAAAUCUGCCCGUACUGGAAAGUAUUAAGGAAGAAAGCCAUGAAUGUUUGAAACAAACAAUUCAAAUGGUUUAAGACAAAUAGUUAAAGUGCAUUUUUGUCCCAAUUAUGAGCUUGAUUCAUCUGAAUGUAUAAGACAUUAAUGUACUUAAAAAACAGCUUUAUAUAUUUAAAAAAAUUAUUAUAUAUGUAAAUAGAUGAAUGUAUUUUUUAAAUUCUAAAUUUAAAAUGUGCAAUUAUGAUAUAUUUAUUAUAGCAUAUUUGUCUGGAUAUCUUUGAUAUCAGAGAGACAUGUCACAAUGAGUACUGUAAAGCCCAAAUUAGUUUUAUUACAAAGAUGUACAAUGUUUAAUUCUACAAUGUUAUACAACUUAUCUCAUAGAUUAGGAUAUUAAAACAUACUUAAUGGGAAACUCAAUUAUCAUUAAGUCAAUUGGAGCAGGUAUGAUUAGUCAAAUUUCUUAUUUUAUCUGAUAAACUUUACUGCAUGGAUUAAGGAAGAACUGAAACCAGGCAUCUCACGACUUCAUCAUAUCAGUUCUUCUGACAUGAUUAUACCAAAUACUGUACAAUCUUGAUCAAUAAUAUUAUAUUUUUCUUUUUCCUUUUUUAAUAAUUUUGUAAAUUAUACAAAACAUAAAGUGAGAUUUUU